UGGGCGAGCGGACGAGCGCGGGGCCGCCAGAUCAUGUCCGCCGUCCGCUCUGCGCUCCGGGGCGAGCGCUCGAGCGCCACGGCCGCUCCAUGAAUUCCAGCUGAGCGCGGGGGCGGGCGGGACCUCAGCGCCCGCAGACCUAGCCCGGCAUGGCUAGCUCGUGCACCGUGCAGGUGAAGCUGGAGCUGGGGCAACGCGCCCAGGUGCGGAAGAAACCCACCGUGGAGGGCUUCACCCACGACUGGAUGGUGUUCGUGUGCGGUCCGGAGCACAGCAACAUUCAGCACUUCGUGGAGAAAGUCGUCUUCCACUUGCACGAGAGCUUUCCUAGGCCAAAAAGAGUGUGCAAAGAUCCACCUUACAAAGCAGAAGAAUCUGGGUAUGCUGGUUUCAUUUUGCCAAUUGAGAUUUAUUUUAAAAACAAGGAAGAACCUAAGAAAGUCCGCUUUGAUUAUGACUUAUUCCUGCAUCUUGAAGGCCAUCCACCAGUGAAUCAUCUCCUCUGUGAGAAGCUCACUUUCAAUAACCCCACAGAGGACUUUAGAAGAAAGUUGCUGAAGGCAGGAGGGGACCCUAAUAGUAUUCAUACCAGCAGCAGCAGCAGCAGUACUAGUUUUUCAAAGCCUCACAAAUUAAUGAAGGAGCACAAGGAAAAACCUUCUCAAGACUCCAGAGAACAUAAAAGUGCCUUCAAAGAACCUUCCAGGGAUCACAACAAAUCUUCCAAAGAAUCCUCUAAGAAACCCAAAGGAAAUAAACCACUGAAAGAAGAGAAAAUUGUUCCUAAAAUGGCCUUCAAGGAACCUAAACCCAUGUCAAAAGAGCCAAAACCAGAUAGUAACUUACUCACCAUCACUAGUGGACAGCAAGAUAAGAAGGCUCCUAGUAAAAGGCCCCCUAUUUCAGAUUCUGAUGAACUCUCAGCCAAAAAAAGGAAAAAGAGUAGCUCAGAGGCUUUAUUUAAAAGUUUUUCUAGCACGACACCACAUACUUGUUCUGCUGAUAAAAAGCAGAUAAAAGAUAAAUCUCAUGUCAAGAUGGGAAGGGUCAAAAUCGAAGGGGAGGUAUCAAAGAAGAAACCAACUUUGCCACCUUUUGAUGAUAUCGUGGAUCCUAACGAUUCAGAUGUGGAGGAGAAUAUGUCCUCUAAAUCCGAUUCCGAGCAGCCCAGCCCUGCCAGCUCCAGCUCCAGCUCCAGUUCCAGCUUUGCACCGUCCCAGACCAGGCAACAAGGUCCCUUACGGUCUAUAAUGAAAGAUCUGCAUUCUGAUGACAAUGAGGAGGAAUCGGAUGAAGCAGAGGGUAAUGACAAUGACUCUGAGAUGGAAAGGCCUGUAAAUAGAGGAGGCAGCCGAAGUCGCAGAGUUAGCUUGAGUGAUGGCAGUGAUAGUGAAAGCAGUUCUGCUUCUUCACUCCUACAUCAUGAACCUCCACCACCAUUAUUAAAAACCAACAACAGUCAGAUUCUUGAAGUGAAAAGUCCAAUAAAGCAAAGCAAAUCAGAUAAGGAAAUAAAGAAUGGUGAAUGUGACAAGGCAUACGUAGAUGAGCUGGUCGAGCUUCACAGAAGGUUAAUGACGCUAAGGGAAAGACACAUUCUGCAGCAGAUUGUGAACCUUAUAGAAGAAACUGGACACUUUCAUAUCACAAACACAACAUUUGAUUUAGAUCUUUGCUCACUGGACGAAACUACAGUCCGUAAACUACAGAGUUACCUGGAAACAUCUGGAACAUCCUGAGGAUACAACAACUGGAUGCAUCAAAAACUAUUGUUUUUGGUUUGGUUUUUUUUUGGGGGGGGGGUUGUGGUUUUUUGUUGUUUAUAUGAAAACACUCAGAAUGAUGCAACCAAAAGAGAAAAAGUAAAAAUCAAACAAC